AUGUCAUGCAAACCAAUUGUCACCAAUUCAUCGGAUCCAACAGUGGAUCACAUGAACCAUCACUUCAGGAGUGACUUAUUGUUGCCAACCAUUCAAGUGAUACUAUUAGUCAAUCCAUACAAUAAGGCAUCGGUUUUGCCCUUUAGUUUGGGAUCAAUUGAGCGACAAUUAUAUCCCAAACAUCUGAUUAAAGUGUGGAUCAAAACAGAGCUCUUGACGAGUGAUCUGAAGGCAGUGAAGGGCCAGAAGAAAGAGUUGUUUGAAGAGAUGCUUGACAUGAAUGCGAUGACUGUCCAGAUGUUGAGGAAAUGGAUUCGUGAUAAUCGGAAGCAAUACAAUGACAUGGAGUUAGUCUUAGGACAUGAAUCACUCGAUGGCACCAAUAAUGAGACCAAGUAUUGGACAACUGAUAGAUUUAAGCAUUUGAUUGAAAUGAAGAGCUUUGCUGUAGAGAUGUCGCGACAAAAUUGGGCACAUUUUGCACUCGUGAUGGACUCGGAUGUGGUUCUCACACACAAUGAAGUGUUUGCUGCGAUGACAGCACACGAAGACAUGAUAGCAAUGGCGCCAAUGCUAUACUCUUUGGGCACUUAUUCCAACUUUUGGGCCGGAAUUACAGAAAAGGGUUAUUACGAGAGGACUGAGGAUUAUCUGCCAAUUCUGGAGAGACAGCGGUUGGGAUGGUUUGUCGUACCAAUGAUUCAUUCGUGUCUUUUCAUUAAUAUUAGACACAAAAAGUCAUUUAAUUUGACAUUUGAUUCGCGAGAUAUCGCACAAGAAGUGUCACCAUUUGAUGAUAUCAUAGCAUUCGCCAAAUCGGCCAAAAUUAAUGCAAUAGAUCUUCGCAUUAAUAACGAAGAGGUUUGGGGUUAUAUUCCGCCGCCCAUUGAGACCAUGACUUCAUUCAAGUCUAUUGAACAGGAUUUGAUUGAUUUACAGUUGGAAUCACUAGUCGAGGGCCCGGAGUUUCCAAUCGCCUCUUCGCUCACUUCAUAUAUAAGCGAUGAAAAGAGUGGCGACAAACUCGAUGUCGACCACAUUUAUGUCAUUAAUUUGGUCCGAAGACCAGAACGACGCCAACGAAUGAUUAAAUGUCUCAACAUUUUAGGAAUAGAGGCCCAGAUAUGGGAUGCCAUCGAUGGCAAGCAAUUGGACGAUAAGUCUGUCGAGUCUCUGGGCGUUCACUCAAUGGACGGCUAUUUGGAUCCGUACCACAAGAGACCGAUUACUUUUGGCGAAAUCGGAUGCUUUCUCUCCCAUUACAACAUAUGGCAAGAUAUGGUUCGCCGAAACCUAUCGAAAGCAAUAAUACUCGAAGACGACGUCCGCUUUGAACGUGAUUUCAAGAACCGGUGGCGCAAAGCGUUGUCAAAGUUUGACACAAAAACUCACGAUUUCUUGUAUUUGGGGCGAAAAAUACAGGACUCGAAGAAUGAAACUCUAUUUAAUGAUGUGAUGGUUGAACCCAACUAUUCUUAUUGGACAGUCGGCUAUUUGAUCACUGGAUUGGGUGCACAC